AAUAUGAUGGGAGGAAGAGAUGCAACACGUGCAGCGAUGGCGACUGUAAUCCCAAUGGAGGUUCCGGUCCCAGAACAGGUCCUACGGGGUCUUUCGAAGGACUGUUCAGGAAUGCUUUCUGCACUUGAAGGGGAAAACCCGAACAGUACAGACAGCAUCAAAAGAUUGAACGAGUUCGUCGACCCUAUUUUUGAGACAGCGGAAAUAGUAGACGGCCUACCAGCAUCCCACAGAGCAGCAGCAUGUAAUCUGCUUUGCGCUGUAAUCGAAAAGUGCCAGGAAUCUGGCAAUGAAAAUUGGCUCCUGGCAGUUCUGGAUGACGCAAUAUGGAUGCGCUUAUUCCAGGUAUACAUUCAGAGAUCUGAAAAUACGAAGGGGAAGUCCAUGCGCCAAAUGCUGCUGACCCUCACAGGGGUUCUCUUGAAAAGCCAGACCGAGAGAUCAAUGGAACUCAAGCUCCACGCAGUCUUGACCUUCAUUGACAUUAUCUGCCGGACGAGGAAUCGUGGACAGGUGAAGCCAGCCUUGCAGGGUCUAGCAUACUUUUUGCAGAAAGAUAUCACGUCACUUGCUCAGCUGGUCGACCUGUACGCAACCAACUUUGAUCAGGGUAGGUGUGAGACGGAUUCAAAUCUGGGAAGACUUACUCAGGAUAUCUUCCGAAUUUUUCUAUCCUGGGUAGUACAUCAUGAUACUUCUCUAUCCGCUGGCCACUUGAUAAAAAGUUUUCUCGGUUCUUUACGAAAGUCUCCCCUAGCCAGUAACGACCUCGAUACUGAGCAGCAGAUUUCGCCUUUAUGGAUAGAACCAGUGGUGGAAACACUUAAUAUUUGGCAAGACAGGAUGCAGGAAUUCAAGACCCACGUCUUCCCACACUGUUUCCUGCCAAACAUAGAGGAAUAUCUCCGAUUCCUUUCCUACCUGCAUCUCGCCAAGCACCUACAUUCGAAGGAGGCUCUACCGGUCUUAUUAUAUACAUAUGACGAACAUGCCAAUAAUCUAAGCAUGGCCGAGGAGUUCGCAAUCCUUCUGGGUGCAUUACAGACAGGGAAGGAAUUAGGUAUCAUUAAGGACGUUGACGACCAAUCAAGUGCUAUUGAUAUCCAUACCAAUACCAUACACAUCCGGGAGAGCUUGUUCGAUGUAUGGGUGUCUGCUCCAGAACCGGACGUCCGCCUUGCCGGACUGUUUCUCUCCGUUUAUUCAACUGCAGUGACUCGCACUGUCACUGCAGGUGUAUUGAAGUCUCUUAGACGUCAUUUGGUCCACCUUCACACCGAUACAGACGCCAAUUUUCGGAAGGAGGUCCUAAACCACGUGCAACGGCUGAUUGAACGCCUCAAAGGGAGCACUGCCACCAUGAUGAAGAUGACAACAGGCAAGACCGUUCAGCCCCAAAACCGUAUACCAUUCUCGAGCCGCUCGAACAGCGGUGUGGACGUUCCGUCUGGGAGGCCAGAUCCGCUGGAAGACUCAUUGAGAUUCAUCCUAUGGUACACCCAUUUCCUGGAGUGGGAGCUACGUCCUAGUUCUUCAUAUCAACGGCGGAUUACAGCUCUGAAGGCGCUUGCAAUUCUCUUCAGGUGCGGCCUGGACCCGAACGUCCCGUAUCAUCAUCUGUCCAAAUCCGCUCAAGGGCAAUUGCACUGGGCACAUUCUCUUCAUCUCUCGAAUCCACGCCUCAUGCGACUGUUGCUCGACCUGGUACUUGACCCAUUCGAUGAUAUCCGAAGCGCCUCUGUUUCCAUCCUUGAGCUUUCCUUAGACUCUAUUCCAAAUGACAAAAGAGCAAGUACUUUGUCCCUAAUACCGAGGAUGAUAUCACGGGCGGAGAUGACAAUGCUUCGCACCGGGCGUGCGGACCAGGCUGACGGGGUUGCUCGAGCAUAUUCUUUACUUUUCCGCCAAUGCGGAGGAGACUUGUCUGGAUUCGAGGUCGCAGAUGGAUGCCAGUGGACAAAGAACCGGAUACUACAGCACCUCACGAAGCAGCUAGAGGACACUAUUGAUGUUGCCCAGACCGAUUUAUCCUUGGCGGUGAACGGACGUCCGGUUCAUGGCACUUUUGCAUCCUUAAGAUAUAUCAUGGACCAAGAUGAUUUCUACUCAACCAUGGCUGUGUUACCCACGGCCGAUCUUCAGCUGUGGAAGGACAUUCAUGAUCGCAUUCUUGUCGGCUUCGAACGAUUGUGGACUUGUAUUCAAAACGUACUUUGUGCAGAUGCGCCAGAGGGACAUGUUCCGGAUGAGAUUGAGGAGGAGUCCAGCCUAGAUACGAAGGAGAUAUUGAGCUACUCAUGGAGGGGAUUGAAAGAAGCAAGCGUUCUUCUUCGUACCAUAAUCUCCAAAGCCCCGAUAGGUACCGGCAACACGGCAGUUCUGAGUUCAGACCGUUUUGAAGUAUUGGGAAAACUCUGCUUCGUGCAGCUUGUGGAGCUCCGGCAUCGCGGGGCAUUCUCGACCGUUUCGCUGGCGUGUGCGGCGUUUUGUCGUCGUGCUAUUGCAGGUGAUGAAGACCGUCUUCGGCAACUACCCCAAGUGUGGUAUCAGGACACUCUUGCUUGCAUACAGGACAAAGCUAGCGCCAUAACACGACGAUCCGCAGGGAUACCUUCACUGAUGGCUGGCAUCAUAGCAGCCGAGCAGCCACUUGGCGGACCACUGUUCGUUCAGGCUUUUCAAGAUCUGGUCAAAGAAGCUUCGAAAGAAGGCCGGAGCACUAACAUUGAAGAGAGCCGACUUCCGCAAGUACAUGCACUGAACUGCAUAAAAGAGAUAUUCACCACCUCAAAACUUAGUGCUGCGUCCGAGACGUAUAUUGGUGAUGGCCUCGAUCUUGCGGCUAGAACAAUCAAGUCACACAUCUGGCCCAUUCGGAACUGCGGGUUGAUGCUCUUCAAAGCUUUAAUCGAAAGGCUCUUGGGAAGCGACGAAGCGCAGGACUGGAAAGACCAUAAUCGAACGAAGUCUUCUCGGUUCUCCUACAACAAAUACCCGCAUCUCGUGGGUAUACUGACCAAUCUCCUUGAUCCCAAAGGGCCACUUCAAGGCUCUAUGACAUCAACUACGGGUGCUUCCCCAAUGGAUCUUCACGGCACUGAGGGCGUGUUCCCCGCUUUGCAGAUUCUUCGUCAAGCAACUCCCCCCGACCCGCAUCGUCAGACCAUCAAAGUGUUUGUCCAGCAUCUUUUGCAUAGUCCCCAUUGGCACCUUCGCGACAUGGCAGCACGGACUCUAGUAUCACUUCACUUCCCAGGAGAGUACUAUGAUGCGAUCCAGUCGCUCUCUGGGAAGCUGGGAACAUCAGCCCACAAUUACAAACACGGCCUGCUACUGAGCAUCAAAUACAUGUUAAAACAAUACCUACUAAGCGACACCAGCUGUGGUCCGGACAACAUCAACUUGAUAUUGUCCGAUCUUCGGAGGCAAGAAUCCGCAGUGGUGAGCCCCUGCGCCUGCCCUUUCACAAAAGGGGCAUUCCUAGACAUACUCAACCUCUGCGAUAUGACGACACUGAAUCAGAGAACUCUGGGCAAUGCAAUGCUGUUUCCGUCGACAAAGUUCUCAUCGAACACUGCAGAAGCCAAGAAUACAUACGACAGAAUACAAGGCGAAUCCUUGUCCCAAAGAGCCCAGAAUUUGCGCGUCAUGCUUGACAGGCUCUUGAACGACACCAGCAGUGAGACUGCGCCCUCACCAGAAGCACAUGAUGAGAGAGUUCGAAGUUUACUAUUGAGCCUCUCUGUAACCGAUCCGGAUGCUUGCUGUGACAUUCUAGAGUCCUUUGGGAAGGUCAUGCGCCAUUCAUUGCCUCCCCAGCUUACUAUAUCCAAGGCUCGACUGAUUUCAUAUAUCCACGAGAUGAUAUUGCAAGACCAGGACGAGGAGGUCUUGACGAGAUGUCAAACCAUCAUGGCCGAAUCCUUGGCAGAUAAAGCAGUUCACUCCGAAUAUUUGGAACUGCUGAGAGAUUCGGAUACCCUACAAACCGCCGCGUUGCUUCAAACACGUUGUCUAGAGGGCUCACCGGCAAAUAUGCAAAGCGCAUUGCAUCUGUUGGCUUUCUUUCUGGAUGCUGCAUUCACGCAUCUCAAGGAGCCGAAAAUCGAAGCAGUCCGGCUGACCGUACGCUACAUCCGGAUUUUGCGGAUGACGAUAGUGGACACCAAUGCUUUCGACAUACGCUUCGCCGCUCUGCAAUCGGUGUCCGCCCUACACAACGUCUGGACCCACAGGCCUAGUUCCAAAAACAGCCGCCGCCUGAUUCUGGGCUUAGCACUCGUCCUCUACGAUAUGCUGAACGACGAUGAUGACGACAUACGUGACGAGGCUGCCAAAGUCGCAAAUAGGAUGCUUCGAACCCAGGGCCAUGGAGCAGAGCUUCCAGACGCAGUCCCAAUCAUUACUACACAACGUCUCGGCAGGUUCCUUUCAAAACGGUACAGAGACUCUGAGGAUUUGUGCAAGGCUGCAUUGCUUCGUUUGACCGGUACCGCUUGCAGCGCCGCACUGUUCAAGGGGUCCUUUGCAGAGACACUGGCCGAGGCGAGGCAGGAAGACACGGCGCUUUUCGUGCAAGAGAAACAGAACUUGUACAAGGACGACGUCGAGGAUGCAUACUUUUGGGCGCAUACUCUCCGUUCUGUGUCACAGGGCGUUUUCAAAUUCCACGCUUCGCCGCUCACAGAUUGGGUCCUUGAAGGAUUAGCCGCGUUGACUGAGACUGCGCUGGCCGAGGUAGAUGGCCCAUUGGGUUGGACAACGAAGGCCGAAGUUUUCACGCUUGGUAUUAGAGUCAUUUGUGCUGCUGACGUUGCUCUCCAUUGGGAAUCUGUGGACGCUUGGAAGGUUAGAAAGGCGCUGCGAGAGUUUGUAGACGUGGGUUUGCAUAAGGACUUACAUGGCCUGUGGCUGGAGAAAGCGGAACGAGUGCUUGUGGACUCUGUUUUGCGGCUGUUGCGCGCCGUUCAUCGUGGGCUGCCUGCAUUAUAGCAAUAGCAUCUAAAGUCGUUGUCUUGGUCAACAUACCCAAAAUUGAACUCAGGUUCGGAAGCUCCCCUGGACGUUAGG